CACGCGCUUCAGUGCUGUAGCGAUCGUUUCGUGGUGAGGAUAGUACGUAGUCGUCCUCGACAUCGCGAAUGCGUCCUCGAAACGUCCGUUCGUCCUCUUGGCGGGUCUUUCCUCGAGACGACAUAAAAGAGGUUAAAGAGCAGCAAGGAAAACGAAGCUGACGUUUCGUCUAAAUACGACGAUAUAUAACAAGAAAUAAUAAUAAACAAUAAAUCAAAGGAAAAAGGAAAGGAUCUAGAUCGAACGAGAGAUAUAGACGAGGAAAUUAUUAUUUUUUCAAAGGAAAAAAGAAGGUAAAGAGAAGAAAGGAGAGUAAGCAGAAGAAGAAAAGAAGAAGGAAAGGAGAAAAAUAGGACUGACACUUGCCUGGGAACAAGGAUCUCGUCUCGUUUGGUACGGCGUGUUACCACUACCUGUAUAUAUCCUGAUUGGCGUAUCCAAUUUGCCUGCUGCGUUUGCAGACACGAGACUGCCUGUUCUAAGGCGGACGUUUCGAAGCUGAAUGAGGCUGAUGGAACCGUUGCGUAUCGCCCCGGAUGUCGUCGACAUAAGUGCACUAAAAAAAUGGACCGAUUUUCCUGUUCAACAUCGAUUCACGGACUAUUCGAAUUCUAUCGAUGAACCGAGCCAUCACACCAUUAGUCCAUUUCCCUGUCAACCUGCACUUAACAACAAAAUUGCAUUAUGGACUGGCGAUAUAUCCAUUUUACAAGUGGACGCCGUGGUAAACUCCACAAACGAGACAAUGGACGAAAAUAGCAUCAUGUGCCAAAGAAUAUUCGAUCGUGCAGGGUCAGCACUUAAGAUGGAAAUUUAUAACGAAGUAAAAGAAUGUAAAACCGGUGAAGUCCGAGUGACUCAAGGACAUGGCUUACCCGCACGGUUUAUCAUUCAUACUGUUGGCCCAUUUUACAAUAUCAAAUAUCAAACAGCAGCUCAGAACACGUUGCAUUGUUGUUACAGAAACGUAUUACAAAAAUCUAGAGAGCUUGGACUACGUAGCAUCGCUUUGCCAGUGAUCAACUCAGUGAGAAGAAAUUAUCCACCUGAUGCAGGAGCACAUAUAGCACUUAGAACGAUAAGAAGGUUUCUGGAGCAAUACUCAGACUCUCUGACGUGUAUAAUCCUCGUCCUAGAACCUUGUGACCUCGGUAUAUACGAAAUAAUUCUCCCACUUUAUUUUCCAAGAAAUUUGGCGGAACAGGACAACGCAUGCUGGCAAUUACCAAUCGAUAUAGGUGGAACCGAUGGAGAACCAUUGUUACCUGAUCGUCAAAUUAGAAUUAUUGACAAUCCUCAACACGCUUUACAUGACGAUGAAGAAACCGUGGAACUUUCUGCACAAUUGGAGACAUCUGUUAAUAUCGGAGAACAUGCGUUUGCACAAAUGCAAGGUGACUUGGAUCGGCAAAGACUUCUUGGAGAAAGAUCAGUCACUGAUCCACUUGCUGAUAUCAUGAUCAAACAAAUGCAACAAAAGGAAAGGUAUGAGAGGCUUUUGAGAAGAGCAAAAACGGAAGAUCUUACCGAGGUAUCCGGAAUUGGCUGCCUUUAUCAAAGUGGCGUAGAUCGUCAAGGAAGGCCAGUAGUAGUGUUUGUUGGCAAAUGGUUCCCAGCUACAAAGAUUAACUUGGACAAGGCUUUACUAUAUGUCAUCCAGUUAUUAGACCCGAUCGUGAAAGGUGAUUAUGUGAUCGCAUACUUUCACACGUUGACCACAAGUAGCAACUAUCCUAGCUUACAAUGGCUACGUGAAGUCUACAAUGUGCUUCCUUACAAAUAUAAAAAAAAUCUUAAGCAAUUUUAUAUCAUUCAUCCUACUUUCUGGACCAAAAUGAUGACGUGGUGGUUCACGACGUUCAUGGCACCAGCGAUUAAACAAAAAGUCCAUAAUUUACCUGGUGUUGAAUACCUGUACGAAGUUAUGGCACCUGAUCAAUUAGAAAUUCCAGCUUACAUCACGGAAUACGAUAUGACGAUAAACGGCCUGAGGUAUUACACGCCAGAUCAGUUCUCCGAGGUAGAAACAUCGUCGCGAACGUAACUCAUCGAGAAGAGUAGAAAGAGCGAAAUAAUACAAGUGAAAGAACGUAUAUGCGAUUAUUAGAAUAAGGUGUUUCGAAGGAAGGAAAGAAAGAAAGAAAAUGAAAAAGAAAAAAUUAAAGAAAAA